CGUCGUAUGAAAUAUCUUAAUUUUCAACUAUGAAGCUCGGAGUCCAACAAUAUUCGGACUAAAAGAGAAAAAAAUAUUUUUGCAUCGAUUCUGAUACGAUUAUAUUUCCAUAUUUUUUGGCAAAAUAUAAAAAUCAAUAUUCUAGUUUGAUUUUAUCAAGAUUUUAAAAUUUAGAAUUCUUAUCACUAACCUAAAGCCUAUUGUACACUGACGGUUUGGAAGGGGAAUCCAAGGAACAUGUUACAUUCGGAGGAUCUUAGUGAGCAAGAAUUAGAAACGUUGAGAGGCGAUGCCAUAGGCAACAACCUCUGCAGCAGUAAAUGGUUAAUUAAUACUUUGAUGUCUCUUUAUAAGAUACAUGAAAAUGGUUGGACAGAAGAUCUAGAAAAUCAGCUAUGUAUUUUGUGGGAUCUGAGUAUGGAAGAAGAAGUAGUAUCGUAUCUCAUGUCCCAUGAUUUUCCAAAAAUAGCAAAGAACAUAUUGGAGAAUUAUGAUCAACCACGAUUUAUUGAAAUAAUUUUAGGUAUUAUUGGCAAUAUAUGCUGCAACAAUGAAGCAAUUGAUACGAUAGGUUCUGAUAAAGAUCUUGUUACACAAAUUCUGAAUCGCUUGACAUCUGAUGACACACUAAUAUUAAUUCAACUUCUCAGAAUUUUACAAUCAGUUACAUGGAACAUCCGGGAGAACCCUCAAUCAAAUUGGGUGACUCACUUCACAGAAUGCGAAUUUUUUGGAGAUACUAUAAUUUUCAUGUUAAAUAAUUCUAUUAAUGAUGACUUAUUGAUGGCAGCAACACAUUUCCUCGAGUCUAUAUCUCAUACAAAUUUGCCACACAAAGACAGUUUUUUGAAAGAAUUGUUCAAGAUAGAUGAUUUGAUUCGUGCACUGUUAGAAUCUUUCAUGCAAGUUAUAUCAGCGGAAAAACUCAGUUAUUCCAAGACAGAAAUUAUGUUUAUUGAACAUUGGUUGGAAGUAUUAAUCGUCAUAAUAGAACUGGGUUCACUCAAAUUUGAGGAUUUAGAAAAUGACAAAAAUUUUUCAAAACUAAUGGACAUUAUAUAUAGGAUAUUAAAACCAUACAAAGAAUCGCAUAAUUUAUUUCCAAUUAAGGAAUUAAAUGCUAACGUGAUUAACGAAACUAUGCGUGUAUUGUUAAGUUUUCAUAGCUGUGAUGUAAAUAUCUCACCAAAAAUAGAUUAUAUCGUAGCGACUAUAACUUUUCAUCUUAAAAUAGAUUCAGAUGCAGAAAAAGAAGAGCUAGAUCCAGAAAAUUUAAUGAGUACACUUUUACAUAGUCUAAAUCAAUACUGGUUCCACAUCAUUGGACUUUGUUCCAACAAUUAUAUUGCAGAAGUAUUUCAUCAAUGUAAACACGAAGUUCGUGAUUAUUUAAUAAAUCUUGUGCAAUCUAAUUCUAAAGUGGCGCCUGAAGUACUUGAAAAAGUGAAAAAAGCUGCUGCUACUUGUGAAGAAUCGUGAAAGAUUUCUAAUAUAUAAUUAAAUCAGAAAGUAAAUUGUCACUAUUUUUGUAUAAAUAAUUUAUCAGG